GGUUAAAGAGAUUCAAUUUAAAUGGUGGUAUCUUUACAGGAUCUCAAGCUACAAAUAUGUUAAUAAAAAAUAAUAAAGAGAUUCAAUUUAAAUGAAACAGGAAACUAUUAAAAAUGCAAUAAAAAAGGAUCAAACGGUUUACACCAUUGUCCCUUAACACAAGGGAAUUACUACCAUUUUCAAUAAUUAUCAUUUAUCACUAUCAACAAAACAAGAAAAUAAAAAUUUGAUACCCUCACUGCUGGCACACACAGAGUUAUCUAUAUUAGAAAGAUCCCAUUCUUUAGAAUCUAUACUUAGCAUAAACAUAAAAUUUCAAACACCACAAAUCAAACCUUGCCACAUUCAUUUCUCUGUUCUCUAGUCUCUGUUUUGUUCCUCACAAAACACCAAAACACAUCAAACCUUGAUUUAUCCAAAUCCUAUAUAAACAAUCAAACAAACUAAGACAUCAUCAACCAACACAAAAAACUUCAUCUCUUUCCCUCCUAUUCCAAUGGAGGGUGGUCAUCAAAGGCCCACACUUCCAGCCCACCAAGCCCACACAAAGCCCAUCUCUCGUCUCAACUCCUACGUAGCCAAAACCAGAGUAGGUAAAUAUUUCAAGCUUUCCCAACGUAACUCCACCUUCACCACCGAGCUUCGUGCCGGAACCGCCACUUUUCUCACCAUGGCUUAUAUCCUCGCCGUCAACGCUUCCAUUUUAACUGAUUCCGGUGGAACAUGCUCUGUUUCAGAUUGUGUUCCUCUCUGUUCUGACUCUUCAGUUUCCAUCAAUAACUGUUCAGGCCCAUCACUUCAUGUCAUUCAGCCCGAUGUUUCGUGUAAAUUCGACCCGGUUAACCCGGGCUACGCCGCGUGUCUCGAUAAAACCCGAAAAGACUUGAUCGUCGCCACUGUUGCUUCUUCUCUCAUUGGUUGUUUCAUUAUGGGUGCUUUUGCUAAUCUUCCUUUGGGCCUUGCUCCGGGUAUGGGCUCUAACGCUUACUUUGCUUACACAGUCGUGGGCUUUCAUGGUUCUGGUACAAUCUCCUACCAAAACGCACUCGCAGCUGUUUUCAUCGAAGGAAUGGUUUUCUUAUUCGUUUCUUCAAUCGGUUUACGAGCAAAAUUAGCAAAACUUGUUCCAAAGCCCGUUAGAAUAAGCUCAUCAGCUGGAAUUGGGCUUUUUCUUGCUUUCAUCGGGCUUCAAAACAAUCAAGGAAUUGGGCUUGUUGGGUAUAGCUCUUCCACUUUAGUAACACUCGGCGGUUGCCCAAGCUCAUCACGGGCUUCCUUAGCUCCGGUUAUAUCGGCGCUUAACGGCACAGUCAGUCUUCUCCCGGGCGGAACGGUUUCCGGAGAUAUAUUUUGUCUCCGAAACAGAAUGGAAAGCCCAACACUAUGGUUGGGCCUGGUGGGCUUUAUCAUAAUUGCGUAUUGUUUAGUGAAAAACGUUAAAGGAGCAAUGAUAUACGGCAUCGUUUUUGUAACCGCCGUUUCUUGGUUUAGAAACACUAAAGUAACGGCGUUUCCUAACAGUGAUGCGGGUAACACGGCUCACGAGUAUUUCAAAAAAGUAGUUGACAUACACACAAUAAAAACUACAGCUGGUGCGUUAAGUUUUAACAGCAUAGGAAAAGGGUAUUUUUGGGAAGCUGUGGUAACAUUUUUAUAUGUAGACAUUCUCGACACAACCGGAACAUUGUACUCGAUGGCACGGUUUGCGGGUUUUACCGACGAGAAAGGCGAUUUCGAGGGUCAAUAUUUUGCGUUUAUGUCAGAUGCCACGUCAAUUGUUGUGGGGUCGUUAUUGGGAACUUCACCGGUGACGGCGUUUAUCGAAAGUUCCACGGGGAUACGAGAAGGCGGACGGACGGGGAUCACUGCAUUGACGGUCGCAGGUUAUUUUUUUAUGGCGUUGUUUUUUACGCCGUUGUUGGCUUCAAUUCCGGCGUGGGCGGUGGGUCCGCCGUUGAUUUUAGUGGGAGUAUUGAUGAUGAGAUCGGUGGUUGAGAUUGAUUGGGAAGAUAUGAGACAAGCAAUACCUGCGUUUGUGACAAUGAUACUUAUGCCUUUGACGUAUUCAAUUGCUUAUGGGCUUAUUGGUGGGAUAGGUACUUACAUUGUGUUGAACAUUUGGGAUUGGGGGAUUGAGAUUUUGGGGCACUUUGGGUACCUUACAACAAAGGAGCCUAGUAGUGGUAGUAAUAAUAAUUCUCAUUCUCCUCAAGUCAAUGGAGUGGUUCAAAAUCAACAUUCUUCACAAAAUCCAAAUGCUAAAGCACUACAACUUGAAGUACUUUAGUCUAUAGGUUACGUCGUUUUUGUGAUAUUCAUGUGGUACUAUUCUCUAGUUUUGUUGAUAUUUUUUAUUUUAUUUUCACAUGGUUGAAUAUUUAUUUAGGAUUUAUUAUUAUUAUUAUUCUGGUGUGAAUACAUGGCACAUGGCUUUAUUUUUGCGUAUAGUAACACAACUUUGAUUUUUCCGAUGUGGAAAAAAUGAAAAUGAGAAACUUAUAUGAA